GUCGCAAGCAGCCGGAGACAGCAACUGCGACGGUCAGAGCGACCCGUGCUAUGACGUCCGAAGAGUGUGCGCGGGAGGGGGACUUCGUGAUCCUUUGGGGCAGCUACACCCAGAUCUUCGGAGUGGUCCUGAAGCACGGGGAGAUCACCAACAACCGCUUUGGCAACUUCCACCAUGACGAGAUCAUCGGGAGGUCCUAUGGCAGUAAGGUGCGUUCCCGCAAAGGCGGGCUCUGGCUGGCGCUGCUGCGGGCUUCCCCAGAGUUUGUGACGCACAGCUUGACGCACCGCACGCAGAUUGUGUACCACGCGGACAUCUCGAUGCUGCGGUGCUUGCUGGACGCGCGGCCGGGGCGGGUCAUUUGCGAGGCGGGCACGGGCUCUGGCUCCGUGUCCGCGAGCCUGGGCCGCGCGCUGCGGCCUGGAGGGCGGCUGCACACCUUCGAGUUCCACGAGGAGCGGCAGAGGCAGGCGCAGGCCGACUUCGAGAAGUAUGGUUUGCUGGACGUGGUGACCUCCAGGCACCGGGACGUGUGUAACAACGGCUUCGGGGAGGACCUUCGAGGGGCGGUGCAUGGCGUGUUCUUGGAUUUGCCCGCCCCCUGGGCGGCCGUGGGCCACGUGUCCGAGGUCUUGGUGCCGGGGGGCAAAGUGGUGACCUUCUCGCCCUGCGUCGAGCAGGUGGACAAGACGGCCACAGAGCUGCGGCGCAGCGGCUACUUCGACGUGCGCAUGUUGGAGACUCUGGCGGUGAACUGGGGAGUGCGCGAUGCGGAGGCGAAGUCCAAGAAGCGGCGCCUGGGCUCCAAGGAGGCGGAGGAAAAGGAGGAAGAUGCAGACGCAGCGAGGCGCGGCGAGUGGCUGAGCUACCAGAUGCCCAUGCGCUCCCACACGGGCUACCUGCUCGUCGCCACCCGCUGCCCGGCGGACGAGCCGUAGCUCGCGUCCCGCGACGCGACGUCCUUCCCGCCGCGCGGAGGAAGAAAAGAAAAUCGAAAAAAAAUCCUUCGCGAAAUCCUGGGAGUCCGGGUGUGCGCCUUGGGAUCUCCGCCCGAGGCCACGGGGCCGCUCG